UAGGUGAAAGUGUACUACUUGAUGUCCUGUCCGCGAAUGACGAUAAUUUUUAUCACCUUUGAGAUGUUUUCAUCGUGUUCUGACAUUGCCGCCGUGACUUCUCACACCUGUCUGUGCCUUCGCAGGACCGGCCCUGCGUCCUGGACGCGCCUCAUUGCAAUCGGAACCAAUCCUGAUGAUAUGGUCUCAAUGGCGGUGCGCCUGACAGACGUAGCCCAACGUGAACGAAUAAGCCAUCCAGGAAGGCCGCCAAAGCGCAGCAGCGGCAAACGUUUUCGUAGUACCGGAGGCGAUCCUGGCGCCACUCGUUGCAAGGCUAGGUCAGCAUGCUGUGAUGGCGACUCAAAAUAAACGUGUAAUGGUCUGGACGAGGGUCCAGCGGUUUGUGAGUAUUCGUCGCC